AUGGGACGAAAACUUCAAUCAAAACUUACUUCUAAGAAGAAAAAUGUUAAAGAAGGGAAUAGGUUUUUGCAGCAAAGACGAAAAGAAUUAGCAGUUUUAGUAGAUACAUUACUUAAACUAACCAGCACGUUUCAAAGUACGGGUAAAAGCUUUGAUCACCAUUUACAAAUCGAAGCAAUUAUCAAAGAAAUUAUAAAUAUUGAAUCUAUUUCAAAUAAAAGUACAAACAGACAGAGGAAAUUAUAUAUAGAAAAGUAUGUCAGUUGGUUACAUGAACACGGAGCAGAAUUUGAAGGAGUGGAAAUAAGUGAAUUUGAUGGUUAUGGGUUCGGUUUAAAGGCAACCAAAGAUUUUUCAGAAGGAUCACUUAUAUUAACUGUACCCGGCAAAGUUAUGAUGAGUGAGAAAGAUCCAAAAGCAUCCGACUUAUCAGAAUUUAUUAACAUAGAUCCACUUUUACAAAAUAUGCCAAAUGUUACCCUAGCAUUGUUUUUGCUAUUAGAAAAGAAUAAUCCCGACUCUUUCUGGAAGCCAUACAUUGAUGUAUUGCCUGAGAAAUAUUCCACAGUACUAUACUUUACCUCAGAAGAACUGGCCGAGCUAAGGCCUUCACCUGUUUUUGAGUCGUCAUUAAAACUGUACAGAAGUAUUGUUAGACAAUACGCCUACUUCUACAACAAAAUUCACACAAUAGACUUGCCAGUACUCAAAAAUCUACAAGAUAUAUUCACAUUUGAUAAUUACAGGUGA